GAGGCGGCGAGACAGCCCGGCUCAUCCUGCCCCAUGCCGGUGUUUCCCUGCUACGGCAGAUGUGUUUGGGGUCCUCGCACAGCUGGGACUAUGGUGAAAUUUCCAGCGCUCACUAACUACUGGCCCCUGAUCCGAUUCUUGGUUCCUUUGGGCAUCACCAAUAUAGCCAUCGACUUCGGGGAGCAGGCCUUGAACAGGGGUAUCGCAGCUGUUAAGGAAGAUGCUGUGGAAAUGCUGGCCAGCUAUGGGCUGGCCUAUUCCCUUAUGAAGUUCUUCACAGGUCCAAUGAGUGACUUCAAGAAUGUGGGUUUGGUGUUUGUGAACAGCAAACGAGACAGGACCAAAGCCGUUUUGUGCAUGGUUGUGGCUGGUGCGGUGGCUGCUGUAUUUCAUACCUUGAUAGCGUAUAGCGAUUUGGGGUAUUACAUUAUUAACAAGCUGCACCAUGUGGAUGAAUCGGUGGGAAGUAAAACUAGACGGGCCUUCCUUUAUCUUGCUGCCUUCCCUUUUAUGGAUGCCAUGGCUUGGACCCAUGCUGGCAUUCUGUUGAAACACAAGCACAGUUUCCUUGUGGGAUGUGCCUCCAUCUCAGAUGUCAUAGCUCAGGUUGUUUUUGUAGCCAUUCUGCUUCACAGUCACUUGGAAUGCAAAGAGCCUCUCCUUAUCCCAAUCUUAUCCUUGUACAUGGGGGCACUGGUCCGAUGUACCACCUUAUGCCUGGGCUACUACAAGAAUAUACAUGACAUUAUUCCUGACAGCAGUGGGCCUGAGAUGGGGGGAGAUGCUACAAUAAGGAAGAUGCUGAGUUUUUGGUGGCCUUUGGCAUUAAUUUUGGCAACUCAGCGAAUCAGUAGACCCAUUGUCAACCUUUUUGUCUCCCGGGACCUGGGCGGCAGCUCUGCCGCCACAGAGGCUGUGGCAAUUCUGACAGCUACAUACCCUGUGGGACACAUGCCGUAUGGCUGGUUGACAGAAAUUAGAGCCGUGUAUCCUGCUUUUGACAAGAAUAACCCCAGCAAUAAACUGGUGAACACCAGCAGCACAGUCACAGCAACGCAUAUCAAGAAAUUCACUUUUGUCUGCAUGGCUCUAUCGUUAACGCUCUGUUUUUUGAUGUUUUGGACUCCGAAUGCAUCAGAGAAGAUUUUAGUUGACAUAAUUGGAGUCGAUUUUGCCUUUGCAGAACUGUGUGUCAUUCCUUUGCGCAUCUUCUCCUUUUUCCCAGUUCCAGUGACAGUUAGAGCACACUUGACUGGCUGGCUCAUGACACUAAAGAAGACAUUUGUAUUGGCACCCAGCUCUGUGCUGCGCAUCAUCGUCCUCAUCACUAGUCUCAUUGUGCUGCCUUACUUAGGGGUCCAUGGAGCCACCCUAGGAGUAGGAUCACUUCUAGCUGGUUUUGUAGGAGAAUCUACCAUGGUUGCAAUAGCAGCUUGCUAUGUCUGUCAGAAACAGAAAAAGAAGCGGAACGAAAAUGAGACAGCUACAGAAGGCGAAGACUCAGUAAUGACUGACAUGCCACAGAUAGAAGAAAUGACAGACAUCGUAGAAAUGAGAGAAGAGAAUGAAUAAUAAACGGGACGUGAUUGUUCUCUGCAGGGACACAUAGAACGAUACUUCAGCAUCUUUUCUUCUCUCAUACUUUUUUUUUUCGUUUUUAUUUUUGUAAUAAAGAGGCCUUGAUUUAAUAGGCUUCAGAUAAAUUCUCUAGCAUACUGAGUAUGCUCACACUAAUGAGGGACCUAAAGAAAGGUCUUUGCUUUUGCUUGUUCAAUUGAAUUUGUUUUCUCGCUCCAUGCAAACACAAAAGAUAUGGCUGCAUCACAUGAAAGGGCAUUUUCCUCAAUACGCAUCCGUCUUCUUUGGACAAUCUGCAUUUGUCAACCAAAGCCCUGCUGUGUGUCUCUGUGCCAUUGACUCUGCUGCUGUCCUUUCUUCCCUUUUUUGUUAUUGAGAAUUUAAAAAAAAAAACACCUUUGAAAAUGCAGCUUUAUUUUACUCGCUUGACAGUGAUUUUGCUAUCUAAACUAAUGUACCACGGUGGGCCAUUAUGUUUGUUUUCACUCGUCAUUCGGUGUUAUGCUGUAUAUUGUUACAAAACAAGGUAGGAAGGCAUGAGCCCUAGUGAGCAAAUGGUACAUAAAAAUAAUAAAAGGGAUGCGAGAAAUACAGGACAAGAAUGCUAUUUAGCCUUUAUUAAGUUAUCUGAGAUGCAAGAUUUUUCCAAAAUUGUACACAUUUAAUUAAGAAGUUUUAUAGAACAUUGUUGCCAAGUCUUACACAUAGUUUCCUUAUUACCAGUUUCCGUUCUCCUUUCCUGAACAGGGUGCAGCAGUUGGUAGAGUGGUGCAGUUGCAUCUAAGGGUAUGUCUACACUGCAAUAAAACACCCAUAGGUGGUCUAUGUUAGGGCUCCUGGGGUUUGGGCUGUGGAGCUAUAAAAUUUCAGUGUAGAUGUUGGGGCUGGAGCCCAGACUCUGGAACCAAGCCGGAAGGUCUGCAUUGCAAUUUUGUAGCCCCUCAGCCCAACCCCUACAAGCCCAGUCACCUGACACAGCCAGGCGUGGGUGAUUUAUUGCAAUGUAGACAUACCCAAGAUUCUUUUCUAAGGGAAGAGAAGAAGAAGAAGAAGAAAAGCUUUACCAAAGUUCUGGUCCACUGGUCUGACAUAAGUUCUAUGUAUAAUUAGUUUAUACACUACAGUUUGCUAUACAAUUAUUUCUACAAUCUGUGUUCAAAAACAUACAUAUAACUUAGAGUACACCAUGGUAUAGCCCUUUAAUACAUAUAGCCCUAUUAAAUAUACAGGGGUAUUGCUUUAACCUGUUUCCCUAUAAAAGUAAAUCAAAAUCAGUAUGGGAGAAGUUUGAGUGCCUGCCAGGACGCUGAAGUCCCACAUUAGGGAUCCAAUUCUACAAUUCUUGCUCACAUUGAGUAACCCUUGUGAGAAUAGUUCCAUGGGAAUGAGGAGAACUGCUCACCACAUGAGUAAGUGUUGUACAGUGUGAACAAGGUGGGCACUGUUAGGUUUAAGUGGGGCUUAAAUAGCAUAGAGGGCCUUCACAUGAGUGAUGUGUAUUAGGAUGAAUUUCAUCCUAUAUGAUACAUCCUUAAAUUAUGAAUUUUAAAUCUUAUUUAGUAAAGUAUAUUUUUGUAAGUUUUAGAAGUGAAUUAUUAUUUAAUUAUGGACAAAUUCAGUUUCUAGAUUACUUACCAGCUAGUCCUUACACUUCAAAGAACUGAUCAACUCUAAAAACUUAUUUUAAAGGCUAUAUCAAUAUGUGUAUAUAUACAUAUAUGUGUAUAAAUAUAUAUAUUGUAUAUUAUGUGUAAUUUAUUUUAGGCUACAGUACACUUCCUAUUUUUCCAAGUUCAGUAAAAAUGUCUCUGAUACAGUCCGAUGUUUGCUCAUGUAUUGGUUAUACCAGUAGUGAAACGUAUUGUAUCAGUGACCAUUGCAUCUUAUUUGCAACGUUUGUACUGUUUGUUAUAUGUACAAGAUAAAAAAUGAAAUUUUGAAUGACUUGCAAAAAUCAGUCCAUUGCUAUUGAAAAUAGUGCCACAGGACGGGUGAAAUUAAAUCCAUACGGUUUCAAUGCUAUCAGGAGGUUUUUCCCACUAUUCCUUACAGUAGAAGAAAUAAACUCAGACAAAUCAACUUUGUGCUGUAUGAAUACUGUACACACAUAACAAUUCAUGAGUACAGACUCUCACAGCCAUCUGUAUAUACCCUGUAUAUAGAUUGAUGUAGACCAUAGUGACCAGUUCAAGGUCUUCUCUAGUGCCAUAGUUUUGCUUUCUCUAGUACAUCUGUGUUCAAAUUUUCAACAUGCAGGUUUUCUGGCAAAAGCAGAGCUAAACUGAGAAAAUAUUUUAUUGUAAUGUUUCUUCUGGUACAUAACUAGAAAUUUAAGCAGCAGUAUUUUUGAAUAUUUGUGAGCGUUAAAUAUUUAUGUAGUUAAAAUUCCACAAAAACAAGAAAGUAAAAAUAAAAAAAAAAUCUAAUAUUUAAAUGCUAAAGCUUUUUGUUUAGCUAGAAGUUUUAGCAUAUGGCAAAUGCCAAAUUCUUGGUGAUACAACUGGAAGUGUUAAGCUAGUGUAGCAGCUAAGAUGAAAUUUCAAUUGUGGAGAAUAAAUGUUUAAUACUCCUUGUAUAUUGAAUCUGUAAAAAUAAUCAGUGAUCAAGGAACAGCAGGGUUUGAGCAAGAUUUCAGAUGUUCUUUUAUAGCACCAGCUGUGGCUAGUGUAACAGAUUCUGUUUAAUCCCAUUUCCAGUGUGUUGUGUAUUUCCUUAAAUUGCAUUGUUGCAGUAACAGACAUGUUUCUACACUACAUGGUUUAAAUUA